AUGGCCGCCGCCUGCUUGCUCUGUCGGUCGACUGGUGGAGAGGUACAGCCCGACCCUGUUACGCAGCUGCAAGCUGUCGAGAGAGGCGAUGAAGAUGAUUGCUCCGACGAGUUCAGGCACUUGAUGGAAAAGCUCGUGUCCAGGCAUCUGCACGAGCUCGCCGAGCUGAAACAGGAGCUUCUCUUCUGCCAGCAGCGACAGAGUCGCCAGCCAGAAGACGACGAGGUUUUGCCGGAGGCCGCAAAGGGCCACCUCUCCCCCAGAGUUCCGGUGCCCGACAUGUCGCCAAAACCCUCGACCCCGCGAAUGUCGCCGCGAUCGUCGCAACGGCCGCAUAUUGGGAAGAACAUCUCAGUUUCGAGCUGUUUGGCGCCCCUGUCCGGCGAGGAGGUGGAGGUCCAGGCGAGCUCCCGCGAAAGCCGGGUGGAGCCGGAUGAGAAGGCGCUGAACCAGGCAGCGGAGGAGUUGCAGAUGGAGCUCGGCUCGAUGAUGGAGGGGACGCACUACGAGCCAAAGGAGGUGGACCACUCGUGCUUGGGCCGUCUGCGACGAAUCUUUGCUUCCCCGGAGUACGAGCUUGCUGUCACGCUUCUCAUUUUCGUGAAUGCGUUGGUGAUUGGUCUUCAGUUCCAGUACGAAGGUUUUCAGCUUGCCCACUUGAUCAGCUUUCCCGGCUACAGCGCCACAGCAGAUGAACUAUGGCCUGGGAUCUCAACUGUAUUCGAUGUGCUGCAGGUGACCUUCACGUCCCUCUUCUUGGCCGAUGUCCUGAUCAGAGCAUGUCUUUUCUGGAAGACUUUCUUCUGCGAUUGGUUCAACUGGCUGGACCUUGUCGUGGUUCUGUCGAGUGUUUUUGACCUUAUCACCUCCGGGAUGUUCAACACGAGUGUCCUUCGGUUGCUGCGCCUCACGAAGCUGACUCGGAGCAUCCGAAUUCUAAAGGUGUCGAGUGUGCUUGACUCGCUGAACAUGAUCAUGAAGUGCCUCCGUGCCAGUGUGGGUACUUUAUUCUGGUCCUUGUGCGUCCUCUUGGUCAUCCAGUGCAUUGGUGCCAUCGUCAUCAUGUACACAGUGCAAUCAUACAUUCGCAGUCCCAACGACCUCACGCAGGAGAACAGGUUGUUGGUUUUCGCUUACUUUGGCACCUUCUCGCGCUCCAUGCUGACCAUGUUCGAGGUCCUCUUCGCUAACUGGAUAACGCCUUGUCGCAUACUGGUGGAGCAUUUGAGCGAGUAUUUCUCCGCUGUCUUUAUCUUGUACCGGUGUUUGGUUGGCUUUGCCGUCUUGAACGUCAUUCAGGCCGUGUUCAUCCAGCGCACCAUGCAGGUGGCCCAGGAUGACAAGGAACUGCAGCUCAAGCAGAAACAGUAUGCCGCCAAGACCUUCGAGCGAAAGCUGCGCUACAUCUUCGAGGAGCUCGACACUUCUGGAGAUGGCAUCGUGACUUGGGAGGAGUUCGAUGACCAGCUCAAGGAUCCUCGCACUGGCGCACUCCUUUCUAUGAUCGAGAUCGACGCCCAGGACCUGAGGGUAUUUUACGAUUUGUUGGAUGACGGAGAUGGCCGGGUGGACGCGCAGAAGUUUGCACAAGGCGUGCUGGCAAUGAAGGGCCCUGCGAAGGGUAUUGAUCUGGCGCAGCUGAGCAAAAACGUCGGCCGGCUUGGUCUCAUGGUGCAGCAGCUCUCCGAGAGCUUGGGGACGGGCCGCGUUUCCGUGAGACAGAGCGACUACAGGGCCCGGACGUAG